AUGGGGACCUGGAUUUUGUUUGCCUGCCUCCUGGGAGCAGCUUUUGCUAUGCCUCUACCACCUCAUCCUGGGAGCCCUGGUUAUAUCAACUUAAGCUAUGAGGUGCUUACCCCUUUGAAGUGGUACCAGAGCAUGAUAAGGCAGCCGUAUCCUUCCUAUGGUUACGAACCCAUGGGUGGAUGGCUGCACCACCAAAUCAUCCCUGUGCUGUCUCAACAGCAUCCCCCGAGUCACACCCUUCAGCCUCAUCACCACCUCCCAGUGGUGCCAGCUCAACAGCCAGUGGCCCCCCAGCAGCCAAUGAUGCCAGUUCCUGGCCACCACUCCAUGACUCCAACCCAACACCACCAGCCAAACAUCCCUCCAUCUGCCCAGCAGCCCUUCCAGCAGCCCUUCCAGCCCCAGGCCAUUCCACCCCAGUCUCAUCAGCCCAUGCAGCCCCAGUCACCUCUGCACCCCAUGCAGCCCCUGGCACCACAGCCACCUCUGCCUCCACUGUUCUCCAUGCAGCCCCUGUCCCCCAUUCUUCCUGAGCUGCCUCUGGAAGCUUGGCCAGCGACAGACAAGACCAAGCGGGAAGAAGUGGUGUAUUCUCCUAUGAAGUGGUACCAGAGCAUGACAAGGCAUCCGCUUAACAUGGAAAGCACACCAGAAAAAUGA